GACCGCGGCACCGGCAUGGCCAUCCUGCUGAUCGUGCUGCUGGUCCUGACGACGUUGAUGACUGCCAUCCGCAUCGUGUCGAAGCUCGUCACUCACCAGCGCUGGUGGUGGGAUGAUUUCUUCGCCAUUCUCUCUCUGGUCUGUUCCAUUAUCAUGUUCGGCCUACUCCUAGCCUGGAAACAUAUCGGUCUCGGACUGCACAUGGACCUCGUGCUGGCCACGGACCCCAACCUCCUCCUCACCGGGGGCCGCUACUUCUACGUCGCGACCAUGUUCUUCGACAGCUCCAUCUGCCUCCCGAAGCUAUCCGCCAUCUUCUUCUACGCCCGGGUCUUCCGCACCAAUGACCGCUCCCUGCGCAUCCAACUCUGGGCCCUCGGCCUCAUCAUCGCCGGCUGGCUCCUCUCCGCCUACCUCGUCACCAUCUUCCAAUGCCACCCUAUCCCCCGCGCCUGGGACACCUCCCUCCCCGGGACCUGCGUCAACACUUACCGCUGGUUCCUCGCCACCGCGGCCCUCUCCUGCGUCAUCGAUAUCUGGAUCCUCGUUGUCCCCAUCCCGCGGAUCUGGGGCCUCCAGGUCAGUCGUCGGCGCCGGAUCUACCUCCUCGUGGCUUUCUUCCUCGCCUACUCCGUCAUCGUCCUCUCCAUUGGUCGUCUCGUCGCCACCGUGCAGAUCGUCCCGCGUCUGACGAGUGAUGAAACGUGGGAAAUGCCCGUGUAUAUGUACUGGGCUGCCUUGGAGGCCUCGAUCUCGAUCCUCUCGGUGAGUACGCCCAACGCGACCGCGCUAGUGAAG